AUGCAUUUAGGAGAUAAAAAUUUAAUGAAAAACUUCAGUGAUGCAGGAAUUUUUUCAUCAAUAGAUAAGUUACGAGUCAAUUUCACUAUAAAACCGUUUUUAUACACCAAAUAUCGAAGGUUAGGGGUUUUUUUAGAUUUACGGUGUCAUGAUGUCGAUGAAAACAAAUAUUUAUUGACAAAGGCAGCAGUGGCUAAGCUUUACGGUGAGCAACAUUAUUGGCUUUUGUUAGGGAAGACUCUCAAUGAUACCAUUCAAGUUUUGAAUGAUACAGAAUAUACAAUCUCAACUGACCUUGUUGUUGCUGUUUUUGAAAAUGCGAAUUAUAUGAUGUUUGAUGUCUAUAAUCCGUGUAAAUAUCGAGAUGGAAUUCUAAAUAUAACAGAAUUAGGUAGUUGGAACUAUACUAAUGGAUUUAAUAUAACUUUGACCCAAGCAAAAUUUGCAAGAAGAGCCAAUUUGCACGGGAUGAAAUUGCGGAUGGCGGGAAUAGUGCUAAACAGGCCACCAAAUAUGUCAUUAGAAGAAUAUUUACAAGAUUACAGCUCCAAACAGAAUGAUAGCAUGUCAAAGUUUACUUAUUCCAUUUGGUUACAAAUAGCAGAUCUUUUCAAUUUCACCAUUGAAGCAAAAGAGCUGACAGUUUGGAAGCCGACAAAUAGAAAUGGACCAAUAAUCAAAAUGCUUCUUGAAAGAACUGCAGAACUGGGCGGAAGUACUGGGACUCCCACUGCAGAUCGGGUAUCUAUUAUAACUCCGAUUCCAGCAUGGCCAUUAAGAACUUGCUUCAUGUUUCGUACAACACAAUCAAAGCACAUCAAAGUAAAUCAUUUUCUUCGACCUUUGGCUAAUGCUUCUUGGUAUUUGACUGUCGUUCUCAUCGUUGUGGCAGUAUUAGUAUUCGGAUGGGUAUUAGUAGUAGAGCAUUUAAGUGACAAAUUUGAAAGAUACUCUUCAGCAGUUUUAUUCACAAUCGGGAGCGUGUGUCAACAAGGUUCUGAGCUUCAAAUUACACACCUUUCAAGUCGCAUAGCUUUUUUACAAACUAUGUUAUUCAGCUUAUUAAUAUAUAAUUAUUAUUCGGCAAGCGUAGUUUCUGCACGUUUAAGUGAACCAUUAGAAAAAAUUAAUGAUUCAUUAAAUGAACUGGCAAAAACUAGUCUUAAAUUUGGAGCAGAACCUAGUCUAUACUUUAAUUUAUUCAUUAAGAGAUCAGACUGGGAAGCUCAGCAGUUUUAUUACAAACGAUGGGUUAAAAUUCCAGAUAAUGAAAAAUUCUUGUCGCCUUACGUUGGAAUAAGACGUAUUCUUCAAGGUGACUAUGCAUAUCACACCGAUGUUAAUGUUGCUUUCCCAGUAAUUGAACAGUUAUUCGACAACCAACAAAUAUGCCAAUUAACAAUGGUCUAUUUGGUUCGACCAACUGAUUCAACCAUAUUCAUGGCUUCAAAUGGUUCUUUUGUUGAAAUGGCAAAAGUCGGAGCCGCCAGAGUAAGAGAAACGGGUCUCCGUGCUAGAUUAAUACAUCGUUGGUCUGCAAGAACGCCGGAAUGUCGAACUGACAUACUAGUAAUCGAUCCAGUUUCCAUUUAUGAAGCUGCUCCUGCCUUUCUGUUACUGCUAUUUGGCGUUGGUUUAGGAAUUUUUAUUUGCUGUUCUGAAAGAAUAAUUUUUUGUAAAAAAUAUCACGAUCAUGGAAUCAAAAGAAAAUUGAAGAAUUUUUUUUUGAAAAUGCGCAAGUUGAAAAAGAAUAAGUAA